AUGGAUUCCAAGUUCACAAUCGAAGUAAAUCAUACAAGUUCUUUUGUCCCCAAACCGAUUGUGUAUUUCAAUCCAGUAAAAAUGGUUGUUAGCAAUGUCAAUUUCAGAAGCAUGAGUUUCAUGGAGUUCAUCUCGUAUGUGAAGAACUUGGUCAAGGAUGGAACAAUCAAUGUGUACUAUUGUCUUCCACAACGUUCACUGAGAGAUGGGUUAAGAGUCUUGGAAGAUGAAAAUGACUAUGUUCGUUUCCUUGAUGUUGGGUAUGAGAAUGGGGGUAUGAUCAGUUUGUACAUUGAUCACAGUCAAUAUCCAGUUAUGGAGUGGAUUGAAGAAGAGAUAGCUGAAGAUGGAUUAGUAAAUGGUAAUGCGGAUGAUGAUGAUGAUGUAGACUCUGAGCUUUCAGAUGAUGAGUUCGUGGAGCAUGAGCCUGAUGAUGAAGUGAUACAACUACAUCCAUCUGAUGAUCCUUUCAUUAGAAGAAAAUUUUUCAAGCCUCCAAGAAUUGUGGAUGAUGAGAAAGAUGAUAAGAAAGAUGUCAAGAAAAAUCUUCAUAAGUAUCCAGUUCAUGAUCCUAACCAAAAAUGGGAUACAAUGUCUCCAAUCUUAGGUAUAAAAUUCUGUGAUCGUUAUGAACUUAAGCAUUUGUUAAGUAAUUAUGCUGUUGCUAAUGGGUAUAAACUGUGGGCCUUAAAUUUAGGUUCAAUGGUCACAUAUAGUUGGAUUGGAAAACAGUUAAUAGAAACCAUAAUAAAUAAUCCAAGAAUUAGUUACAGGAAAAUGGCAGCAGCAGUCCUUAGAGAUUUUAAUCUAAAAGUUAGUUUUGGACAGUGUAGAAAUGCCAAAAAAUUUGCAAUGGAUGAGAUAGAAGGGAGCUUGGUGGCACACUAUGAAAAGCUUAGAAGUUAUGGUUUGGAGUUAUUGAGGACCAAUCCAGGUUCCACAGUGAAAUUGGAUGUGGAUAUCAUGCCUGAUUCUAUAGUCCAUUUUUCUAAGAUAGGUGAGGUAGUUUCAGCUGUUGGUAGGGAUGCUAAUAACCAAAUGUAUCCUCUAGCCCGGGCUGUUGUACCAGUUGAAAAUAAGGCAAAUUGGAAAUGGUUUUUGGAUCUAUUACUUGAAGACAUUGAUAUGGGACAAAGUAGAGGACUAACCAUCAUAUCUGACCAACACAAGGGAUUGAUUGAAGCAGUUAAGGAAAGAGUGCCAGAAUGUGAGCAUAGACAAUGUGUCAGGCAUGUUUAUGCCAACUUCAAGAAAAAAUUCUCAGGAGCUGAAUACAGGAAACUUUUCUGGUUUGCUGCCAAGGCCACAACAACCACAAAAUUUGAAGACAUCAUGAAGGAGAUCAAACUGAUAGACAAUACUGCCUAUGAACACCUGAUGGAAAAAAAACCCAAACACAUGGUCCGGGGCAUUUUUUAG